GUCAUCACAUCCUCAUCCUUUCACUCCUGUCCUUGAGCUGAUAUCAAAGUACUGCAUUGCACUUGGCGGUCCGCACGCAGACUUGCCGGUCAGCAGCGUCCAUUACCAAGCUACAGGUUGGCCAUUUGCGCUUCUGGGCUCUGCCCAAGAGGGUCGUCCCGAUACACUGAGGAACUUUCUUGUCAGCUUAGCCACAGAUCAGCCACUUGGGCUCCUGGGUUCUGGAAGAGAGAGAGGGUCGUCCCGAUAUACUGAGGAACUUUCUCGCUCGCUUUAUGACUUUUUUCUGUUGUGCAUAUCGUUUUUGGAAUAUUAAAAUAUCUUAAUUUUUCUAUUUUUUUGCCUGCAUUUUUAUCUCUUUAAUCUGAGCCAAGGCUGCUCUCAGCGAAGAUGUCAUCUGUCGCAAAAAGCCUGGGUGGGUGGGAAUCCUCAAAGAAGCCGUCGGCUGAUCUCUCGAGCUCGUCUUGUGAUAGAAUCAAUAACCUCCGUCGAAACAUCGUGGUCAAAGGGAGGGAGAGCACAAUUAUACUUUUUCUUGAUAUAUUGUCAAACACUGCCUUUUUCAAAAUACGCUUCUUUGUCGACCCCUAUUCAAUUUUCCUUUUUAUACCACCCGAACACAUCAUGUCUAUCACUCGAGUUGACCAAGUCGGCACAGAUGGCGUACUCCAUUGUUCCUCACCCAACCAGAAGAUGUCCCGACACAGCCCAUUGACCUGCCUGCAAUUCUGCCUGAGCAAGCCGGUCCUGCUGGUCGGUCCAGUCGGUCACUUCUUGCCGCUGGGGAAUGCUCAGACACAAGCGCUCGCCUCUCUGGAAGAACUCGCCGUCAAGACUACUCUGACCAUCUCCAUCCCCCCACAAGCCUUUUCCGAUGAACACUUUCAGGCUAUUUGCAGCGUGUCCGCUAGCACAUGGAGAUCCUAUCCCGACCACAGCACGCUCGACAACCUCUAUUGCGGACAAGGUGGCCAGAUCAUUACAAUCACACCGUCGCCAGAGGUUCACAACGAGACUGGUUCAAGCCCUCCUUCGUACAACAAGCUAGACGAGCUUGACGAGCUUUCCUUUCCGACCAGCCCCCGGCCCAACAAGCGACGGCGAGUCGACCCAGAACCAUCUUCAGAUCUGGCAAGAAUUCAGGAGUUUGUACAGAGUGUCUGUCAGGGCAUGAUUUCCCAACAGCAAUCCAAAUUGCGGAAGGACCUUCUUGCUGAACUAAUAAAAAUGGAGGAGCGAAUUACGGAUGCAGCCAGCCAAACCCUCAGCAAGCAGAUCCAGGACCUGAAGAGCGAGAUAGUGACAGAAUAUCAGGCUCAGUUGGAGACGCUUCAGACCGAAGUGGUAGCCGAGGUGACGCCCCAGGUGAUGAGUGGGAUUUGGGAUGAGUUCGAUGCACGUAUUGAUGACCAAGUGUGCGGCAUCAAAAUAGAGCUGGAAGACUUUGUCAAGGACGAGAUGAGAGCUGUGCAAGACAGCGUUCUGGAUGCCGUUCCUGAGGUUUUGUCGGAUGGAAUAUGGCAUUUUACGCCAUCGGACUUAUAAUAUAUGCACCGAAAUUUACAUCUAUAACUUUGUCACGAUAGCUAGCAGGCGGGAAGAAGGCGUUGGGCGGGCAGGGCUUUAUUGCUACAGACAGGCACUAUCUUAGGUAGAUACAGGCUGGUUGUCAAGACGUAGCUCGAAAGCUACGAUGCAGAACAGACAGACGGGAUUAACAGGAACAGAGUUUUAUCUGG